AUGGAUCCCAAUGUCAAGCUCCUGCUAAAUCAGGGGGAGCCUCUUCUAGAUCCUGAAAGAUACAGACAAUUAGUAGGAAAGUUGAACUACCUCACUGUUACCUGUCUAGAUAUCUUAUUUGCAGUUAGUGUAGUAAGUCAAUUCCUCAACUCUCCAUGUAAGGAACAUUGGGAUGCAGUGAUUCGCAUUGUUCGAUACAUCAAAGGAGCUCUAGGAAAGGAUUGGGCAAGAUCUCCCAUAGAUAGAAGGUCCACCUUUGGAUUCUGUAUAUUUGUCAGAGAUAACCUUGUCUCUUGGAAAAGUAAGAAGCAGAAUGUUGUAGCCCGGUCGAGUGCGGAAGCGGAGUAUUGA